ACACGACACACAAAUAGCAACAAUACAACUGUUGUCUAUAGGAAUACCAUCACGUAAAUACAGUUAGCCGUAGUUCAUCAUGGCACCAAGCACAAACGGCUCUUCCAACAAUGACGUUUCGGAGAAGCAGUUCAACAAGUAUCUCGAAUCAGACAUACCUGACGAUCAAGUGAUUGAAAGUAUAUUCCUGGAACGUAGGACUCAGCAUGCUGACGAUGCUAUUGAUUACGAAGAUAUUGAUGAAUUGGCUGAUGAAGAUGAACUUCCUGAAGAAGAACCCAGCAAGAAUGUCCUUGACGAAGAGGAUGAGGACUUUGAUAUGUUUUUGGGAGGGGAGGCCGAAGUCAGCAACGAAGAACAGGCGCAGGAAGACGCUGAUCGUCAGUUUGACGAGAUGUUUGGAGAUGCUGACGAUCAGCCAGUGGAUAAUGACGCAGUCAAUAACAAUCGUCUUUUCAAUGACUUGGACAGCGGGCACAUUGGAGAUGAUGAUAUAAACGACGAAUUAAAGGACUUUAAUCUAGGAGGAAUAUUCGAAGAAGAGCAAGAAGUCAUUAAUCAAAAGCACAAGUUGGAGUUGGAAGAGAAACGGAGAUUGAAGAAACAGAAGUUGGAAAAGGUUGUCAAGAAGCUAGAGAAGCAACGACAAAAGUUGAAUAUCAAGUAUCAUUAUCCAAGUUACAAACGAAAUAAACCAUUCAAUUUCCACUUGUUCUUUUCGCCUGCACCAAAGUAUCUCAGAUAUCAUAGUCCUGCUAUUGCAUCAACCAAAAACUUAAAACCACUAAUACCAACCAAACUAAAUCUUGAAGUUGAUACUGACCAACGGAAAAUAUUCAAGUCGAGAACCAGUCAUCCACAACAACCAAAAAAUAUAACAAAUAUAACCACUGCAGAUCUUGAAUUCGUUUAUGAGUUGAAACAUAAGAAUGAAGUGUCUAUCAAGCAAGUUGAUUACUUGCAGCGAGAUUGGAUGAAUGAUGACAAAUUUGAUCAUUAUUCGAAAGAUUUGAUCUUGUCCACCACUGACUGGAAUGACGAUGCUAUAAUAAAUGCGGGUGAUGCCAAAUACAAACUUCGCUCGAUUGAUAUCGAGAGUAAUCUCUUGGACACUGAAGCUGCCGAAGAAGAAGAGGAGGAAGAUGAAAAGAUAUUCAAUGGUGAAAUUGAUGAUGGUGCUUUCAAACUUGAUAUGAAUGAUCCUAACUUGUUAUUCAUUCCGAAACAAAUUGCUGAUAAGAAACCAGUCGCACUCGCCGCAACAUCUAACUUGGAACUGAAAUUCAAUAUUUCCAAUGAUAAAGAAUAUGAAGUUCUUAAGAAUAAUUACCAUAUCAAGGUAAGAUCGCAGUUGAGUAACUUGAACAUUGAACAUUCAGUUCCUGCACUUCGUUUGCAAACUCCAUAUUAUAAAGUUAAAUUAUCAUCGGAAGAAGCAAGAUCAUUCCAUAGACCAGUAUUCAAUAUACGUCCUGGUUCUUUAAUCAGUUUCUCGAAAUUGAAAUUAAGAAAGAAAAAGAAGGACCGAGGAAAAUCGUUACAACAAGUUUUCAGUAAAACUACUGAUCUUACCGCAGCAGAUACUGCAAACUUGAUAGCUAUGGAAUAUUGUGAGCAGUACCCACAAAUAUUAUCCAACUUCGGUAUGGGUUCGAAAAUUAUUAAUUAUUAUGCCAAGGAAAGACGAGAUGAUUCGUCGCGCCCUAAGGCACAACUCGGUGAAACUCAUGUAUUAGGAUUAGAAGAUAGAUCACCAUUUUGGAAUUUUGGUAUAGUUGCCCCAGGAGAUUUCGUACCUACAUUAUACAACAACAUGGUCAGAGCUCCCAUUUUUAAGCAUGAAGGUAAAAACACGGAUUUCUUGUUGAUCAAAUCUCAAGGAGCAGGUUCUCAUCAAAAGUUUUAUUUGAGAGCCAUUAAUUUCAAUUUUGCCGUGGGUAAUACAUUCCCGGUGGUAGAAGUACCAGCUCCACAUUCAAGAAAGGUUACAAACACUUCAAAGAACAGAUUAAAGAUGAUUGUGUUUAGAGUGAUGAACAAUAAGGGAAUGGCCCGUAUUUCCGUCAAGGAUGUUUCCAAGCACUUUCCGGAUCAAAAUGAUAUGCAAAAUAGACAAAGAUUAAAGGAAUUUAUGGAAUAUCAAAGACAAGGUGAUGAUCAAGGGUUUUGGAAAAUUAAAGGGUCUCAUGACCAUGUUCCUACUGAAGAUGAUAUCAGAUCUAUGAUUACUCCUGAAGAUUCUUCCAUGUUGGAUACUAUGCAGUAUGGACAACAGGCUUUGGACGAUAAAUUGACCUUGUGGGGUGAUGAUGAAAAGAAAGAAGACGAGAAGAAGAAAGACCAUAAGAAGAAAGAAAAUGAAGACGACGACGAUGAUGAUGACGAAGGAAAAGAUAACAAUGAAGGAGAGGAAACUAAAAAGGAAAAGAAGAAAUCACGCGAUAAAGAAGAUGUUGAAAUUGACAUUGAUGAAGAAUUGGCUCCUUGGAAUCUUUCCAAGAACUUCAUCAUUGCUAAUCAAACCAAAUCCAUGCUUCAAUUGAAUGGAGAAGGGGAUCCUUCUGGUAUUGGUUUAGGUUACUCGUUCUUGCGUUCUACGCAAAAGAAUGGGUUUAAACCAUUGUUCCCACCACCUCCGGAAAACGUUUCCAAGACUAAUACUGCUGCUCACCAACAGAAAUUGUAUGAGCAAGAAAUUAAAAGAAUUUGGUAUUCUCAACGUGGUUCUUUAGUUGAUCAUGGCCCUGGGUUCAAUUUACAAAUGAUUUAUGAUGAAUAUAAGCCAGUUAAUCAUGAACAAUUUGUUAAUUCUAAACUUGAAGCUCAGCAAGAUGAACAAAAGAUUUUAAGAAUCACGAGAAGAAUCCGUGAUGAGAAUGGUAUUUUACAAAGACGAGUGGAAACCUUGACUGAUCCUAGAUUAAUUAAAGCAUAUGUUAAACGCAAGAAGCAAAUUGAAGAUGAAUUGUUAAAGAAUGCUGAUGUUGGAGAUAUCUUACCUACAACCGAUAAGGAAUUGAACAAGCUUCGUAGAAAGGCAUUGCAAGAAAAAUUAGCGACUUUGGAAAAGAGAGCUAAGCAAAGCAAGGCCAAGAAACCGCCUAAGGAUCUGAUUCAUGCCGCUGCAGCUGCCGGAGGUACGAUUAUUGAUGCCAACACAGUGAUGUUGCCAGAUGGUUCGUAUGCAAUUGGUGGGAAAGGUAUUGGUAAGGGUAAGAGUAGAACUCGUCGUUGUGCAUCCUGUGGUGCAUUUGGGCAUAUUAAAACCAACAAGACUUGUCCAUUGUACAGUCAAAUGAUUGCCGGUACUUUACCACCAAAGAAUGGGAAAGGUGCGCCUCCUCCGGCCACUACUCCAAAUGCUGGAUCUGUUGGUGCUAGUGCAACUCCUCCUUCGAACGCUUCUCCUUCGACUGUAGUAUAA